GCAAAACGUUGAGCACUUUUUUAUCUCUCCUUCUCCUUCAUUUGGUUGCCGGUGUUUGUGCAGUGAACGUUGUUGUACGAAGUGCGUAGCACGUGUCGGAUACUUUUAUUUGUAAUUACAAAUAACCUUAAACAAAUUUCAACAAUGGCAGAUGCAGCAAUUGAAAAAGACGUCGCACCCGAGGAAGUUACCUCUACUGAAGUGGCUAAGGAAUCUCCAGUAAAAAAAUCUCCCGCCAAAAAAGAAGCAGGGCCAACAGAAAGCAACGGUAAAGAAGAAAACGGUAGCGGCGACGCUCCAGAGGAAACUCCCGCCGAAAACGGAGACGAAAGCAAUGACGCCGUUGAGAAUGGAGAAGUGCCAGAAAAGAAAGAAACUGGUGUAAAGAGGAAAUCUGUAGCAACCGAUAAUGGGGACGCAGCAGAAAAAACAACACCUGAGAAAAAAGCCAAAGUAGCAGAGGAAGCUUCACCAGCAGAAGAAGAGGCUAAGGCCUAAAGUUGUCCACUAUACUUGGUUUACUGCAAUGCAUCCUCGUUCAUUAGGGUUCAACUCCACUCAGACUAAUACAUAUCCUCUAUACAUUUACACAAUGCCAAAACUAUAGUUUUUAUACAUUGUUAUGUAUUUGUACAACUUUAUUAUACUACAGAGUUGGGCCCUUUUGCGACCACAUUAAUUUUAGGUUUAUUAUAUAAAUGCAUAUUUAACUUACCUAUAAAAGUACCUGUAAAUUGUAAAUUUUUAUGUCAGUCAAGUCUCAUGUGCAUCGCAGUGAACUGAAUAAAUGAAAGUAUGGAUUGGUUUCGUAUGCUGUUUUUGCGUAUCGGUGUCUAUUUCAGCAGACAAUUAGAAGAUGGGUUAUUGAAUUGAUAUUAGAGUAACUUAUAUUGGUCAACUGUUCCGCCAGUAGGUACUGCCAAAGUAAUUCACGAGUGUGAAAUCAAUUCACAAUCCGUUCUGUGAACGAUGCGAUUUAUAUAAACAGCUUCCGUAAUACAAGGAUUUUAUAUAAACUUAAGAUUAAUUAAAGUGUUUAGAUAAAUAAUUCAGUUGUAAAUUUAAGUUAGCAGUUAAAUGUCGCACAUUUAUAUUACAUAGGCAUUAUUACUUAACCAUUUAAACAUUCCUUUGACUUGGGUUUAGGUGCAUGUGAACUUUUUGUGCUUGCUUCAUAGUGAGUUUCGUAAUAGAUGCGAACUCUAGGAUCUAUUCUGCUACAUCGAAUUAAGAGGUUCACAUUGCACUGAUAAUUAUAAGAUUUGAAAAUUAUAAAGUUCAAAGUUGACAAAUAAGGUGAUAGUUCAUAUUGACAUUCUUAUUUUUGUGUGCUAUUUUGAAUUCUAUGGGUCUAUAUUUCUUAUAUAGUUUUUUUUUUUUUUUUUCUAAUUUAUUUGCUUCUCAUUAUUGUGAUAGAUUACAAACCUCGAAUGUAAGCUAAAGAUAAUAAAUCCAUGUGGAUAUGAAUCCUCAUUUUAUUCUGCAACAAAUUUAUGAAACAAUGUUCCAAGCUAAGGAAUAAAUUAUAUUAAGGUUUUGACUAACUUUUUUCAAAUAAUAAUUUGACAAUUUAAAUUGUUCAGAUUUUUCAAUUAUUCGAAUGUACAUCUAGUAUUAAAAGAGUAGUUUGUACAGUUGACACUACUUAUUUUGAAGUCAGUGUUUGUAAAAGGUUUCUGGCAAUAAAAUAGUCCAAUCUGUA